AUGGCUACCCCAGUGCCGAACGCUCAUGUGGUGAUGAUGAAGGAGUUGUUAGCAUCAGGCAAUUACUCUGACUUCACAAUCACAUGCGGAAGUGACACAUACCGCGUUCACAAGAACAUCGUCUGCGAGCGUUCUAGCUUUUUUAAGCGCGCCGAGAGGUUUCCGCGGCCUAUUGGCGAAGAAGCAAGUGAAAGCAAAGUCGACCUAUCUGAAGACGAGCCGGAAAUCGUACGACUGCUCGUUCAGUACCUCUAUGAAAACGAUUACGAAGCGGAUUCCGACGAGAAAUGCGAGCAGAGACGGAAGCAGAAACAGGCUGCCAUAGCCCUGCGAUCGAAACGCAGCCCCGGUGGCUGUGGCUUCCUCUUGAAAUUUCCCCAUCAAUGUGGUCAGGGUUGUCAUUAUUCUAGCGUUUGGGUCUGCCCGCAUCAUCGCUGCGAUAACUGCAUUUCAAAGUGCAACUUCACAUGCAGUACCUGCUCUCCGAUCAUGGAAGGAGAGAAGAUCGACCCGAAAUUGUUGCUCCUUCACCCCAAGAUGUACGCAAUUGGCGACAAAUACGAUGUGGCAGGUCUCAAGGAGCUAGCACGCACAAAGUUCUCUCCAGUCUGCAUGUCAUUGUGGAAUGAGGAAGGCUUCGCGCAAGUAGUAGAACACGUUCUCAGCACUACACCAGACAGCGACAUUGGUCUGCGAGACAUGAUCUCUAAGACAAUGGUGUCGCACGUCGAGCUGCUCAACAAGCCCGCUGUCGCAAAGGCGUUGAACAAGCACACCAGCUUCAUGUUCAAGGUCCUCCGACACAUAGCUGAAGACAAAGCAGGCUUUGCACUGGCGCACAUCAAGCUUUCGUAA